UCUUCAGAUACACAGCACAUAAACAUCCAUUUCUCAUCGCUCAAACACAAAAUUCAUAACAUAAAUGGCUUCUUCAACUGGAAUACUUAUGGUUCCUCUUCUUAUGGUCUCUCUGAUGGUUGCUGCUUCUGCCAGCAAUUUCUACAAUGAUUUUGAUAUUACAUGGGGAGACGGUCGAGCUAAGAUACUCAAUAAUGGAGAACUUCUUACUCUCAACCUUGACAAAGCUUCUGGUUCGGGUUUUCAAUCCCGGAAUGAGUUUCUUUUCGGGAAGAUCGAUAUGCAACUCAAGCUUGUCCCCGGCAACUCUGCUGGAACCGUCACUGCCUAUUACUUAUCAUCAAAAGGAUCGACAUGGGAUGAGAUAGACUUUGAGUUCUUGGGAAAUUUGAGCGGUGAUCCUUACAUUCUUCACACUAAUGUGUUUAGCCAAGGCAAAGGCAACAGAGAGCAGCAAUUCUACCUUUGGUUCGACCCGACUGCUGAUUUUCACACUUAUUCCAUCCUUUGGAAUCCUCAACGCAUCAUAUUCUCUGUCGAUGGGACUCCUAUCAGAGAGUUCAAGAACAUGGAGAGCAAUGGCGUGCCAUUUCCGAAGAAUCAAGCGAUGCGAAUAUACUCGAGCCUAUGGAACGCUGAUGAUUGGGCUACGAGAGGCGGACUUGUGAAGACUGAUUGGAACAAUGCUCCGUUCACUGCUUCCUACAGAAACUUCAAUGCAAAUGCUUGUGUCGUCUCAAAUGGCGCUUCUUCUUGCGGUUCGAAUUCAUCACCUUCUACUUCCAAUAACAAUGCAUGGCUUGCGGAAGAACUCGAUUCAACGAGUCAAGAGAGGCUUCAAUGGGUGAAAAAGAACUAUAUGAUCUACAAUUACUGCACAGACACCAAAAGAUUUCCUCAAGGAAUGCCUGCAGAAUGCAAUAUGUCCUAAGAGUAAUUAAAUUACACUAUCAUUCAAUUGUUUUAUUAUAUUCUUUGAUUCUUUGAGACCCAUAAGCUUUGUAUGUAACAAUUUUAUUGAUGUACCAAUUUUUAUUGUUUGUUUGAAUAGAUCAUUCAAUAAAAAUCAGAUUCAAUUCUUUUAAACAUAAAGUUAAUUUUUUCA